AUGCUGGGCACACAGGUGAAAAACGGCGUUUGUAGACAAAUUGUGGCGGAGCUUGCGACGCGUCCCGUGGCCUGUCAGAGCGCGUCUUGUCUCGAACCACGCGUGGUCGUUACGCGAUACCCUCCUCCCGUCUGCCACACUGGUGGUCGCGCGCGUAAACUUCUUGGAUACCCUCACAUCAUGUUCUAUUCCGAAGCUAUUCUCUCGCGCCGAGGGCCGCUCGCGAAAGUAUGGCUUGCGGCCCACAUGGAGCGCAAGCUCUCCAAAACCCAAACGCUACAAACGGACAUCGAGCAGUCGGUCGGUGCCAUUAUGGGCCAGGAAGUAGAGGUCAUGGCUCUUCGCUUGAGUGGCCAAUUACUCCUGGGUGUUGUCCGCAUCUACAGCCGAAAAGCUAAAUAUCUCUUGGACGACUGUAACGAGGCACUGCUCAAGAUCAAGAUGGCCUUCCGUCCUGGCGUCGUGGACAUGACGGAAGAUCAAUUAGCGGUCAACCAGAACGCUAUCACUCUCCAGGGUAACCAGCUUGACCUGGAUGCACUGUUGCCCGACAUCAACUGGGACAUGGACUUUGAAGAGAGACCAAUACAUGUUGGAGGACACCACAUCGCUAGGGCCGCAGAUAUCACUCUGGUUACUGCUGACGAUUUCCAAUUCGACCUUGACGACCCCGGAUAUGGUUUUGAUCUUGGGCCCUCGGACGGAAUAGGGUCGCAGGAUUAUGAUCCUCUCGGUAUUGAUUUCGGGGAGGGACCUGUCAGCGUACACGACAAUGAGUCGCAAAUGGAAGAGGACAGCAUGAGUGUCGAAUUUGGACGAGACGCCGCACCUGCAAGGCGCCCACGAGAAUCUCUGGCUUCGCACCUGUUGGGGAGACCAGGUGGCGAUGCCGACUUGGAUAUACUCUCCGUUCGCAGCAGAGAAGCUUCAAUGCAGCCCUUCCGUGACGACAUGGACUUUGGGUUUGGCCCAGAUAUGGGCGACAUUGACAUCGGAAUCAGCUUUGAGCCAAUGGAUGACCAAGCCCCCACUCCUCGCACUCCCCGCCUCACUCCUUCUCGAGCAUCCUCACCUCUUACAGAACCUCCACAAACCCCACCCCCAGACGUCGAACUGACUCCUCAAGUUGACGUUGAAGUGGUCAAGGCGCGGAGAAGGAAGGAUAAAAAGCAAAUAUUCGACGCAGUGACAGAGCUUGCCGGGGGCCCUGGCGCGCGAGUGGGUGGUGGACGCGGCGCUGGGCAAUCGCAGAGGCCGGAUGUCAGUGGUAUCGUCACAGAGAACCACUAUCUACCCAGCUCCCCCGUCGUUAUACGUCUCCUGGAGAUUCGUGCCGAUCCUAUCUCGCAUUUUCUGCCCACCAGGAUCACGCCCGCAGGGACAUUCUUCUCUGCCGCACCCCCAGGGCUCGCGCCAGAACUGGCUGAAUUAUUCAUGCGCCCCGUCCAAAGCCUUGCUGCACCCAAGCGCCGCGGCGAGGCGGCAGACCAGCCUUCAAGCAAGAGGCCCCGCGUUGAGGGCAGUGUCGUCGGCGAUGAUGAAGUCGAGCAAGCACGUCGCGCAAGUGUCGCGCCAAGCCUCGCCCUUGGUAGUGAGACCCUUGGACGCGAAAGUGUUGCCGGAGACCUGGAGUUUGGUGAUACAACUGGUGCGAUGGAGGACUUCCAGCUACCGGAGUUCGAGAUGGCACCUGGCGAGCAGAUGGAGCUGGAGCGCGCACGUUCCAAGUCUGCCGCGCCAUCCGAGCUUAGCCGCCUCACGACGCCACCAGCGGAUGACGUCCCGAUGCAGGAAGGGCAGGAGACCUAUGCGGAUAUGCCGUGUCAGAUUGCUGAAUUUGAUGAGCGUACUUCGUCGAGCCAGAGUGGUGAAAGCGGUGCAAGUCAGAGCGAGGACGGGAAGGGGUACAGCAAGAAUACCGUGAAGGCGCUGACAAUUAUUCGCAGAGAGCUGGGACCCGUCACCGGGGAGGAGCAUCCCGAAGACAAGGUGAUGAGCUUCAAGAGGAUGUCGCAGAAGGCGACCCGCCGUGCAGCGGCUGCUUUCUUCUUCGAGCUUCUGGUCCUAGGCACUCGCGACUGUGUCAAGCUCUCGCAGACGGCAGCCUUCGAGAACAUCGAGGUGCGCGCGAAGGACAAGCUAUGGGAGCGUCAGCGUCAUGGUUCUGUUGCGCCUUCUGUCGCAUCCGCGUUACGACAAGCCUCUGUAGCACCAUCUGCAGCUACUUCGCCCCGGCGACAUGGUUCGGUCGCACCAUCCAUCGCGUCCGCCUUCGGGCUUUAGCUUUUUAUGAUCUAACUACUCUGAUGACGACUGACGGCCUUUCUAUAUGAACAAUCUUGUCGCUUUGUCUCUCCACACGAGCUGUUACACCGUCUGGAAUCUACGUCCUACCUAUUGAUUUCGCACCCAUCAUGGUCUUGUAUUGACGCAUGAUCAUCUAUUGUUAUGUUGCGAUGCUGUAGUAGAAAUUCGCUCUGUACCCUGUUGUAGCGUAGUGCUUCUCGCCAAUCAUCAUAUAACAUAUAGCAC